AUGUCCCUGCAGAGUUCCUGUUUCGUAUGUAAAGGCCAUCAAAAAUACAGAGCUAUUCUGAAGAAAGAAAAGCGAAAAAAAAAGCGACAGGCUCUUGCCAAACUAAGGGACUCAGAAGCUGCAGAAAAAGAUGAAUCAGUGUCUGAGGAGGAAGAGGAGGAACUGGAAGAAGAGGAGGAGGAAGAAGAAGAAGAAAAAAAGCUUGAGGCAGAAAGACAAAAACUACAUGAACAGUGGUUGCUGAGAGAAGAAAAGGCCCAAGAAGAGUUCAAGCUUAAGAAAGAAAAAGAAGAGGCUGCAAGAAAACGCCAGGAAGAAGAAGAGGUGAUGUAUAAACUGAGGGUUGCACUUGUGUCUGGCAAUGAAGUAGACUUAGUGUAAUAUCUUUUAUUGUUCUAUAGUGGACUCAGCUUUCUUGAUGUUGGUAUUUUAGAAAACAGGAAGAUCAAAGAAGAAUGGGAAGAGCAGCAAAGAAAAGAAAGAGAAGUGGCACAGCAGAAGCAACAGGAGAAGAAAGAGAGAGAGGCAGCUGUGCAGAGGAUGCUGGAUCAAGCUGAAAGCCAGCUGGAGAAUGGUGUGACCUGGCAUAACCCAGAGCCCCCAGAGAAUAUAGGAACAGAGAAGGACAGAGCAAAUUGCCCAUUCUAUAUAAAAACAGGCUCCUGCCGAUUUGGAGACAGAUGUUCCCGCAAGCAUAACUACCCAACGUCGAGCAAGACGCUCCUGGUGCGUGGGAUGUUCAUCACCUUCGGCAUGGAGCAGUGCCGGAGGGAUGACUACGACACAGACGCCAGUCUGGAGUACAGUGAUGAAGAGACCUAUCAGCAGUUCCUGGAGUUCUACGAGGAUGUGCUCCCUGAAUUUCAGAACGUGGGGAAGGUUGUUCAAUUCAAGGUCAGUUGCAACUAUGAGCCUCACCUGCGAGGAAACGUCUACGUCCAGUAUCAGUCGGAAAAGGACUGUCAGGCAGCUCUUGCUUUAUUCAGCGGACGAUGGUACGCAGGCCGACAGCUUCAUUGUGAAUUUUGUCCUGUGACAAGGUGGAAAACUGCAAUAUGUGGCUUAUUUGAAAGGCAGAAGUGUCCAAGAGGGAAACACUGCAACUUUCUUCAUGUAUUCAAAAAUCCAAACAAUGAUUUUUGGGAGUCCAAUAGAGACAUACGUAAUUCUCCCGAACGGACUAGUCAGUUGUCUAAAAACUCUGAAAGGAGAAACAGAACGAGCCAUCGUGAUGACUAUUACAGCCGGUCGAGGAGAAGGGGCAGCCCGAGCCCAGAGAACUCGUACCGGAGAAAUGGAGAAUCGGAGAGGAAAAAGAAUCGCCGCAAAAACAAGAGAAGGCGCCGGUCUGGCAGGUCAAGAAGUCGGGAAAGGAGGAGGUCCCGCAGCAGGGGGAGGAAGAGGAGAGGCCGCAGUCGCAGCAGAAGUCAUAGUCGAACGCGCAGUAGGAGCAGAAGCCGGAGCUUCUCUCGAUCCAGGAGCAGGGGUAAAAAGAGAUCGAGCAGCAGGGGAAAAAAUAGCGAAACUCCCAAAACAAAGUGAGAAUUCUAUUUGGAAGUUGCUAAUUGAUGAAACAUAGAGCUGACAAGUCUUUCCAAUAGGGCAUCAGAUAUAUUUGAGUUUCAAAUAAAGUUCUUGCACAUUAAAAUGUUUCCUCCUGAUAAAGGAACCUAGUUUAUUGUGUGCUAAACUUCAGAACAUGAAAAGUUUAAGUCCUAUAUAAGGUGUGAAUGUCAAGUACUCUAGCUACUCUGUCCCCCUGGACUGCUGCAACACCUGGAUGCAUACCAAGUACGAAUA